CCUGGCCCGGGCCACCGCAAGGAGUCCGCGGUGGCUUCCUCCUCCCUGCGCCAGGGGGCGGCGGGCACGGGGGCGGGGGCGGCACCCCAGUUCUGCCCCACAUCGGCUCAGGUGGCAGCUGGGAGCCGGGUCAGAGUCGGCCCCCCUGGACCAGGCCUCCUGCCCUCCUGAGGAUCAUGCGGUGAUCCCACUGACCCAGGAGCAAGAGCCCCGCAGGCAGGGUCCCUGGAAUGGGCUGCGUGUUCUGCAAGAAGUUGGAUUCAGCACCCAAGGAGGAUGCUGGGCUGGAGGGGGCCUUCAGGAGCUACGGAGCUGGGGAUCGCUAUGGCCCCGACCCCACUCAGGCCCGGCCUGCGUCCUCCUUCUCACACAUCCCCAACUACAACAGCUUCUCCCCCCAGCUCACCAGCCCUGCCUCCCUCGUCGGCAGCACCAUUAGGGGCUUCUCAGGGACUGGCGUGACCCUGUUUGUGGCAUUAUAUGACUAUGAGGCCCGGACAGAGGAUGACCUGACCUUCAGCAAAGGCGAGAAGUUCCACAUCCUGAACAACAAUGAAGGAGACUGGUGGGAGGCUCGGUCCCUCAGCUCUGGACACAGCGGCUACAUUCCCAGCAACUACGUGGCUCCUGUGGACUCCAUCCAGGCAGAAGAGUGGUACUUUGGAAAGAUCGGGAGGAAGGAUGCCGAGAGGCAGCUGCUCUCACCAGGCAAUCCGCAAGGGGCCUUUCUCAUUCGGGAGAGUGAAACCACCAAAGGUGCCUACUCUCUGUCCAUCCGUGACUGGGACCAAACCAGAGGAGAUCACAUAAAGCAUUACAAGAUUCGCAAGCUGGACACGGGUGGCUACUACAUCACCACGAGGGCACAGUUCGAUUCAGUGCAGGAGCUGGUGCGGCAUUACAUGGAGGUGAACGACGGGCUGUGUUACCUGCUCACGGCAGCCUGCACCACCAUGAAGCCUCAAACGCUGGGCCUAGCCAAGGACGCCUGGGAGAUCAGCCGCGACUCCAUCAUGCUCGAGCGCCGGCUGGGCACCGGCUGCUUUGGGGACGUGUGGCUGGGCACGUGGAACGGCAGCACGAAGGUGGCGGUGAAGACGCUGAAGCCAGGCACCAUGUCCCCGAAGGCCUUCCUGGAGGAGGCGCAGAUCAUGAAGCUGCUGCGGCACGACAAGCUGGUGCAGCUGUAUGCAGUGGUGUCGGAAGAGCCCAUCUACAUCGUCACGGAGUUCAUGUGCCAUGGUAGCAUGCUGGAAUUCCUCAAGAAUCCAGAGGGCCAGGCCUUGAAACUGCCCCAACUGGUGGACAUGGCGGCCCAGGUAGCUGAGGGCAUGGCCUACAUGGAGCGUAUGAACUACAUCCACCGAGACCUGAGGGCAGCUAACAUCCUGGUGGGAGAAUGGCUGGUGUGCAAGAUCGCGGACUUUGGGCUAGCUCGUCUCAUUGAGGAUGAGCAGUACAACCCCCAACAAGGGACCAAGUACCCCAUCAAGUGGACAGCCCCAGAGGCCGCCCUCUAUAGUAGAUUCACCAUCAAGUCAGACGUGUGGUCCUAUGGGAUCUUGCUCACAGAACUCAUCAGCAAGGGCCGAGUCCCCUACCCAGGCAUGAACAACCGGGAAGUGUUGGAGCAGGUGGAGCAUGGCUACCACAUGCCCUGCCCCCCAGGCUGCCCAGUGUCCUUGUACGAAGUCAUGGAACAGACCUGGCGUCUGGACCCAGAGGAGAGACCCACCUUCGAGUACCUGCAGUCUUUCCUGGAAGACUAUUUUACCUCCACAGAACCACAGUAUCAACCUGGAGACCAGACAUAGCCCCCUCUCCGUGGGUGCCCACCCGGCCUUACAGUCCCCAGGGCUCUGGUCCAAAAGCCCAGGUUUAAAACCUUAUAGAGGGGCUGGGAAUAUGGCUUAGUGGCAGAGUGCUUGCC